AUGGAGGAGCAGGAAAGGAGCAGAUCUCCUUCCCGCAGGACCAGCCGAGUGGAGCAGGUGGUCGGCCGUUGGCUGCGGCGCUCUCGGGAGUCCAUCAGCAGGGAGAGGAUACUAGGGGAUGGGAAGCCUGGUGACUCUGCCGGGACUGACCAGCGGAACUUCCCCAUCAGGGUGACGGUACAGAUCCUGCGGGACCCCCUACUGGACUCUCACGGAUUCAGCCUCUCCUCCCAGCCCCCCGUCCUGGUACAAGAUGUCACCAUGGGUGGCCCUGCAGAUGGGAGACUAGCUCCAGGUGACCAGGUGUUAAAGAUCAACAAUGUUGCCAUAGAAGACCUCUCCUCAGAGCAAGCUGCUGACAUCAUCAGGGAGUCAGAGGACUCAGUAACCAUGACAAUUCUCAGGCACACUGUGGGGCCGAAGUCGUCCUUCAUCACUGCUGAGAAGAGGGCACGUCUGAAGACCAAUCCAGUGAAGGUGCGGUUCGCAGAGGAAGUGGUCGUGAAUGGUCACUCUCAGGGAAACUCUCUGCUUUUUCUGCCCAACGUUCUGAAGGUCUACCUGGAAAACGGACAGACAAAGGCUUUCAAGUUCGAGGCCAACACCACUGUGAAGGACAUUGUGCUGACUCUGAAAGAGAAGCUGUCCAUCCGCUGCAUCGAGCACUUCGCACUGGUCCUGGAGCAGCAGUACAGCAUCAGCAAGCUCCUGUUUCUGCAUGAUGAGGAGCUCAUCCAACAGAUGGUGCAGAGGAAGGAGUCCCAUGACUACAGGUGCCUUUUCCGCGUCUGCUUCAUGUACAGAGACCCAGGCCACAUGCUGGAGGAGGAUCCACUGGCUUUCGAGUACCUCUACCUGCAGAGCGUCAGUGACGUGAUGCAGGAACGCUACGCAGUGGAGAUGAAAUGCAACACAGCUUUGCGGCUGGCUGCGUUGCACAUCCAGGAGCGGCUGGCCAGCUCUGGACAGACCCACAAGACCUCCCUUAAGACCAUCACGAAAAACUGGGGUAUUGAGAACUUUGUCUCCACAACAUUACUGAGGAAUAUGAGAGAGAAGGACUUGCGAAAGGCCAUCAGCUACCACAUGAAGAAGACCCAGGCCCUGCUUGAACCCAGGCAGAAGGUGAUGUCUGCAUCUCAGGUACAACUGACCUACCUGAACCAACUUGCGGAACUGAAAUCAUACAGCGGGAAGGCAUUCAGUGCCACCAUGAUGCUCCAGGACAGGGAGUCCAUGGUGAGCCUCCUGGUGGGGGCCAAGUACGGCGUGAGCCAGGUGGUCAACCACAAGCUGAACAUCAUGACCACGCUGACCGAGUUCAGCAGUGUCAGCAGGGUGGAGCUGCUUCCUGAGUCUGAUAAAGUCAGCCUGGUCAAGAUCUACCUGCAGGAUGUCAAGCCCAUUACCCUGAUGAUGGAGUCCCAAGCUGCCAAAGACUUGUGCUGUUUGGUGGCUGGAUACUGCAAACUUCUAGUGGACCCAGCAUUGUCUGUCUUCUCCUGGACCGAGAACCACAAGGUGCAUCGUAUCUCAGCUGAGGAAGGUUACGUGUCUCGGGGCUGCAGUGACUCAGAGGAGUCUUCAGAAAUGGACUCCGCUGACAUGCUGGUCAACCUGCAUGUCUCUGGUGAUGACACCGGGGCGGCGCAGGAGAGUGGGCAAGAAGUAGAGGAAAAGGGGCACGGAAGCAAGGGCGAAGGAGAAGGGGACAAGGUGCAAGGGCAGGAGCCCAAGACAGGAGAGUCAGGGGACCAUGUGGGAGGAGGGGGCAGAGUGGAGGAGAAGGAGGAGGAAAACGAGGAGGGCUCGGGGGAGGACCUGCUCUCUGAGACGUCAGACUCCUGCCACACAGACUCUCGUUUUUACACCAGCCUCUCCAGUGAUUCCAUGGAUGCUCUAGAGGAGGACGACCUUGUGGCCUGUUCCUCCAGCCAUCCUUUAGGCCAUUACCUGCUGGGCACACCUGCACAGCAUGAAGCAGUGGAAAAUGGGGACAUCACCCCCAAGGAGAGCACUAGCCCACAUCCCUCUAGUGCCUAUGACUAUGACAGUGACCACGGCCUCCGCUUCUCCGAACUCUCCCAGCUGGCAGACUGUCUGCCCAGCCCCCCAGAAGCCAGUGAAGAAGAGGAGGAGGAUGAAGAAGUCGCUAGCUUGCCUACAUACCGGGAAUGUGUGUUCACCUUUGAGGAGAACGACGCUCGGCACUAUUAUAACAUCUGCUCCAAUGUCACGCCAGACAGCGCUCGCAGCCAGCACAGGCCACACCCUGACCACUCCCAAGAAGAGGGAGAAGAAGUGCGGGACCCAAUGCCAGACAUAGAGCCCGUGCCCAUCCUCCAGCCCCCACCCGGGUUUGGGGACAGCAGCUCAGAGGAUGAGUUUUUUGAUGCACAGGACAUGUUCACUUCAUCAGAAGUCACAAGGGAGGUACCCACAGGUGGCAGCACAGAAACAAGUGGCAGGGUGCGAACACUGAGCCUGAGCGACAUAGAUAUCAGCGUUCCGGUACAAAGAACAGAGACAGAGCUGGAAGACAAAGGGAGGAGUGCAUUCCGACAUGGGCGGAAAAAAUCUCGCAAGCGCCGCUCCUUCAUGGAGACUGACUUCACCUCGCAAGUGUCAUUUCCUGGGCAGGGCAGGGGCAUGGUGGAUGAAGACCAUCUCCGCCGCUUGGACGGGUGCCCCACCGUCUCUUCCCUCAGCAACGGCGAGGGGGAGCCAACCCAACUGGAGUCCAAGCCUAUUGGUGGCUCCGACGGCCACCCACUAGUGCGCCCCCGAUGUCGCUCCGAGGACGAUGGGGUCCGCAGGAGAAAACGGAUCUCCUCAGAGCUCAUGGAGAUGGAGCCAGACACAAUGGAGUUCAAGUCAGUGACAAAACUGCUGUCUGCGGCUGCACCCCAGAUCAUGGCGGUAAGGUGUCGAGUGGGGCCUGAGGGGCGGGAGAGUGUCAGACUUCAGGGUGAGUUGAUGAAGGAAGGAGAAGACCUUGCAGAGACAGGAGGAACCAUGGACAUGCCCUCUACCUCCCAUGAACACAUUUUUCACACAGUAAAGGCCUCUGUGGGAGAGGAGAGUAACAUACUUGUCUGCAAGGAGCAACCAGGUCAAAGGUCACAGGAGUUGCCCACUUCUUUGGACAAUGAGGGUGAAACCGAGAGAAGUCCUGUUUUUACUGGAAACGGGACUUUCCCUAUUCAGUCAUUGUCACCACAACUGGUACUAGCGCCUGCUCUAUAUGUAUCUGACAUCCUUGAUCUUGAAAAUGAUGAUAAGGAGGAAGAAAGAGUGUGUGAAAAGGAGGACCCAGAAGCAGAAUCUAACAGUUCAACUUUGGAUGGCUGGAGAGGGGGCAGCACCUACCUGGCUCUAACCUUCAGGAAAGGCAUCUCCAUUAGCCAUGAGUGUCUCAUGAGGGUCGGAGCAGAGGCCGUUUCUGAUACCACUGGCUCCACUGCUGCCAGAGAGACAACGACGAUAACCAAGGAGCCUCAAGCUGGCUUCAAGUUUCAGAACUGCCCCUCAGGCAUUAUGAACCGGCUUUCCACCUCCACCCUGCGAGGCAAGAUCCAAACUCUCCCCUGGUACUUGUCCCGCUCACAGGAGGCUUUGACUAACUGUGACAGCAGCACCGCAGACAACAGCAGCUGCUCAAGAGUGUCCUCUGGGGCCAUGGAGGCAACUGAAGACACUGGAGUCACAGAUGAGGUCAGUGAGGUCAUAGAUGAGGUCACUGAGGUUAUAGAUGACAUUACUGAGGUCCUGGAUGAGGUAACUGAGGUUGCAGAGGAAGCUACAGAGGAAAUCACAGAAGUGGCCUCUGAAGCAUCAGUGGAAGUAAUAGAGGUUUUGAGAGAGGUCGUAGAGGCCGAACCUAGCCUGGUGUUGCAGGAAACAAUUAUGGAUACGGAAGUCCCAAUCACCACACUCCCUCACAUUAUUAUGAAGUCGCAGACUUGUGAGGGCUUGCCGCUGAGUCUACACACCCUGGAGUCCACAGAGUGGUCAGGUGAUAGGUCAUCUCCAGGGACAAGGGAUGAAACAGAUCCAUCAACCCCAACUUGUGGGGUCUUUACCCACUGUGAGUCCAAGCAGCCUCAACCCUGGGCUCCCCUCUGCCCUGAAGGGAAUACAAGCUUUGGAUGUGGCUCUAUGUCAUCCCCAGGGUGUCCCACCAUACCCGAGGAGGCCCCCACACACCAGGAGGUCUGCAGCUGUCAAACUGUCUAUACUAACUGCUUCAGUGCAGCACUGGAUGAGACUGGAUUUGACGAGGAGUUGACAGUUUACGAGUUCUCUCGUCAAACACAGGGAACAGAUGGGUCCCCCUUGAUGACUGGCCCACCUUCCUCUUUCUCCUCCUCCUCCUCCCUGUUUCCCUCCAUGUCUCCCUUCUCAGGGGUUUGUCUCCCACCUUCCUCUGCAGAGCUGAGUCCCCUGCUGUCCCCACUGUACACCUCUGACUGCUACCCACCUGAGACCCUGGAGGACACGCUCAACCAGCUGCGUAACCGCCGGUACAGCCUCCCGGGGGGAUUCUCUGCCCUGCAGCAGGACGUGGAUGAGCUGCUGGCUCUUCUGCAGCCCCGUGGGAUAGACCUUCCGAUCAGGGGGGGGCAGCACCACCGGGAGACCUGUGCUGACCACUUCUCUGAGAACAAGCGUCUCCUCCAUGCAGAGGCACGUAAGCUGAUGUCCGGCUGCCAGCGGGUCACCCGGGUGGGCCAGGCCCCUGAGGAGACUCUAAGGUCUCUGGCCGAGAGCUUCCGUACCCUGGUGCAGCUGGCCAGUGUGUGCCUGUGGUUCUCCAGCUGCGUCCGCUGUGAAGGCCGCCAUGCCGAGGCCCUGUCGGGCCUGAGGGAGGUAGCCAGAACAUUCGGGGAGUUUGCCAAGGCAGCCAAGAAUGCGGGUGGGAAGAAGAGCUGCCAAGACCUCAGUGUCAAGCUGCUGGCCAGGCAAUGCACUGCACUCACGGCCUCAGUCUUCUGCCUCACACAGCUCUUCCGCACCCUCACUGCACUCUGAGGCGACCUUUGACCCCUGAAUCACCAAAGAGACACUCGUGUGAAGCAUGAGCACACACUCAUCCUUCCACCCUGACAUACAUUCAGGCCAGUAAAUAAAGGGUGUGUCGAGGGCAG